CCAUAUCUCUGUACAAUGGUCAUUAGUCCAAUUGAUCAUAGCGAUGGUUAGGAUUUUAGAAGUUGAAAGUCAAUGCUAUUAAACAGUGCAUCUCGAACCCUCAUCUAGCUUCGAACGCCAUCUCUGCUUCAGAUAUAUUGUCUUUCCCAUCUCCAUUGGAUAAAGUUUUAGACUUCAUUGUCUUCUCUUCCUCCUCCUCUAUGGAAAAAGGACUACCUUUCACUAAUGACUCCUCUGUUCCGCUCAUUCUUGCAGUUUCAUCCCCGGUCUGUCCCAGUAUUGCGGUGGGCGAUGAUCAGGAGAUGGUCAACGGAGGCCGCCGAACUGAUGUCUUCGAGAUGGAUUUGUUUCCAGCCAAUAACACUUCCAUAAAGCAGGAAGACGCCAACGCUGAGACUGCCGGAUUGUUGCAGCUUCACGCUGCGAACACGCGCAGCGAUCAGUCAACUUUGGAUGAUAUGGAUGGAAAAUAUGAGCUGGCUGUCAUGAAAGAGGAGUUGACCCGCGUGAACGAAGAUAACCAAAAACUAAAAGAGUUUCUCAAUCAAAUGACCACCAACUACACAUCCCUUCAUAUGCGAGUGGUUCAUCUAUUGCAGGGGCGCAAUCCAAUUUUAGGCAACACAACGGAGACUCUUCAGUCGCAAGAGGUUACCGAUGGAAAAACUGAUGAUGCUAAACCUCUUGACGAUGGAAGGGUUGUUGCUCCGAUCAGGCAGUUUAUGGAUUUGGGCCCUGCGGGAAGCCACAACGAGCCGUCGAACUCCUCGACUGCCAGCCCAGACCAGUCGCGGACGUUGUCGUCGCCGGUGGAGACCUCCGAAGUAGCAUCGCCGGGCUACAACGCAAAAGAGAAAAUUGUGAACCUCAACGAAGCGCCCAGGUUGAUCCCCCCGCCGACGGCUGGGCCUGACCAAGCCCAAGGAGCGACCAUGAAGAAACCCCGUGUCUCGAUUCGAGCUCGAUCGGAAGCGUCAAUGAUUGCUGAUGGUUGCCAAUGGAGGAAGUACGGGCAGAAGAUGGCUAAGGGAAAUCCAUGCCCUAGAGCUUACUACAAAUGCACCAUGGCCACCGAAUGCCCAGUCCGGAAACAAGUGCAACGGUGCGCGGAUGACCGGUCGAUUCUAGUGACGACCUACGAAGGUGCCCACAACCACCCCCUCCCGCCGGCGGCCAUGACAAUGGCGACCACCACCACAGCCGCCGCGUCGAUGCUCGUGUCCGGCUCGAUGAGUAGCGCCAAUGCGCUCAUGAAUCAUAAUUUCCUCGCGAGGACCAUUCUGCCGGCGGUUUGCUCGUCGAGCAUAUCAGCGUCGGCUCCCUUCCCCACCGUGACGUUGGACCUGACCAAGAGCCCGAACCCGCUGCAGUACCAACGACCGCUAGCGGUGGCGGCAGUCCCUUUACAGGCCCAAUUCCCCGUGUUGCCGCCGCAGCUGCCACAGGUCUUCGGCCAGCCGCUGCUCAGCCAGCAGUUAGAUUUGGUGGGGCCGCCGGCGAUUACAGAGUCCGUGAGAGCGGCCACUGCCGCCAUCACGGUCGACCCGAAUUUCACUGCGGCCCUGACCGCUGCCAUCAAGUCCAUCCUCAGCGGCAAUCACCAGAAGGAGCAGAAUCCGGACAAAUUUUGAAGCUGAUUAAGUUACAAGAUAAAUAACGAGCAGUUCUGAUUAAUAAUUUUACAUCAUGGCGAAGUAGCAAGUGCAUACAUUGCUAGUUUCACGGUCUUUUCUUUUUAACUUCAUAUAAAUCCUUCUCUUUUUUUCUGUAUAUAUACUUGUACUUAAUUUUAGGUUUAGAUUGAUUUUGUUGGUCUGUUAUUUCCGGGCUGUGGAAUAAAGACGGAACUGCCUCAAU